AUGCGACGACCAUCCCCCGGCCAUCGAUUAUGGGGAGCGACGGCUGGCGGCGGUGGUGCCGGAGCAUGCACGGGCUUUGGAGCUGCAAGUGCACGAGCUGGGCAAGGUGUCUCUCGAAAUAGGGAGAACAUUGAUGAUGCUAGGUGGGGCAGUGGCAACCGCAACAAUGAAGAAGUUUUUCUAAUGAGGAAUGGUUCAGCAACAACGGAAGCUUGGACAGGACUGGUAAACAAUGACAUCAACUAUGUUUGGAACCAUGGCCGUAAGUUUGAAGGAGGAUUUCACUGUCGAUAUUGCAACCUAAGGAGCAGGGGAGGUGGUGCAACCCGCUUCAAGGAGCAUCUUGGGCAUGUAAUAGGUGAAGUGAGAGAGUGCCCGAAUGUUCCAAGAAAUAUUCGUGAUGCAAUGAAGGGUGCCCGAAAUGCGACAAGGCAGAAGAAGAGGGAGAAGGCAACCCGUAAACUCAGAAUUGAAAGAGAGAUUAUGGAUGGGUUAUAUCGCAGAGAAGGGGUUAUAAAUCUUGAAAGUGAUGAUGAACAUAUUCAGAUGAAACUUCGGGAGUCACUUAAGGACAAGAACAUCUCUCGCGCAGUUGAGAGGAGGCAGGGCAGUGGUGGUGGUGUUCGUGUUUCCCUUGGGAAAAGGAGUAUCACAGCCUUCUUUGACAAGGAGUUAUCGAGCAACAAAGUGUCAAUGCAACCGAAGAUUACCACUGCUAUGGAUCCUGAGUCGAGAGAUGUACUUGGGCAAGCUUGGGCGAAGUUUUUUCAAGCCAAUGACAUUGCUGGUUUGAAAGCUGAUUGUCCAUACUUUCGAGCGGCAAUGAAGAUCACUCAACAGCUUGGUCCAACUCCUAUCCCAACUGCAAAGGAGAUUGAUGGGAUAUACUUGGACAAGAACUAUGAUGAAGCUACAGAGUGGCUAAAGCUGUUUAAGCAAGAUUGGAAGAACUACGGAGUUACUGUGAUGUGUGAUUCAUGGACUGGACCUACUGGUAUGAGUAUUAUCAACUUCAUGGUGUACUGCAAUGCACGGAUGUUUUUUCAUAAAUCAGUUGAUGCAUCUGGUCAAACUCAGAAUUCAGAAUUUCUCUACAGAGAGAUUAAAAAGGUUGUUGUUGAAGAGAUAGGCCAUGAGAACGUUGUUCAAAUUGUAACAGACAAUGGUUCAAAUUAUAAGAAGGCAUGUAAAACUCUGGUAGAACAACCUGAAUAUGAUCAUAUCGUGUGGCAGCCAUGUGCUGCCCACACUGUUAACCUCAUGCUUAAAGAUAUAGCUAAAUUUCCUGAGGUUGAUGUGAUAGUUAAAAGUGCCAAGCAGAUCUGUAGGUUUUUCCAUAAUCACAAUAACCUACAUGAUAGCAUGAAAAAAAAUGUUGGUGGUGAACUUAUAAAACCAAAUGCCACCCGUUUUGGAACGGUGUUCAUGUUUCUUCAGAGUUAUCAUGAAAAGAAAGACCAGUUUAGGAAAUGGAUGGUGUCUGAUAAUUGGAAGGAGUGCAUUUGGAAGGAUGAUCCUGAUUAUGUGUUCGCCGAGGAGCUACUAUCUAGCAAUAUGUGGUGGGCAGCCUUAGAGUGGGUUCUUCACAUGUUGGAGCCACUCUAUAAAGCCCUUAGAUAUGCUGAUACUCAAAAGAAGUGCACUCUAUCUGGAUUCAAGAAGAGCAUGAUGUCAGCUGUACAAGAUAUGGGUUCUCAUCUUGGUGCUGGGUCAGCAAUCUUCCAUAGAGUCAUGAGCAAGGUGUCCAAGAGGAUUGAUGCCAUGCAAAAAGACACUCUAAUGGUUGCAGCUGCUGUCCUUGAUCCUUAUACACAUUAUCAAAUCAACAUGAGCAAUAUUCCAGAGUUCGCUGCUGCACUAACUGAUGCCAUAGAGAAAAUAGCAGACCCAGAUAGUGCUGUUUUGGCCAUUCAUGAAAUCAGCACUUACAGGGAAUGCCGUGGGAGGUUUGGCCAGAGGGUUGCACGCUUGUCGGCAGGAAAUAUGUCACCAACUGAGUGGUGGUUCCAGUUUGGAGGGGAAGUUCCCAAUCUGCAGAAGUAUGCAUUGAGAAUUGUAUCACAGUGUGUGUCAUCAAGUGGAUGUGAGAGGAAUUGGAGCAAUUUUGCUUUGGUCCACACGAAGCAAAGAAAUCGUCUUCUGUAUGGCAAGCUGCACAAGUGUGUAUCUGUGCGUUACAACUUGAGGAUACGGGCUGAAGAAGACCAAGACCCAGUGAGAGAGAAUGCUAAGGAGAAAGAGGUUGAUCCAUGUGCAAUGAUGAUGGACACAACCAUGUUUGAUGAAUCAAAUCCAAUGCUGGAGUAGUUGAAUGAGGAUGGGGAGCAUACAGUCUUGGAUGGAUCUGAGGCUGCUAGCGCCGUGUUUGAAAAAAUACGUUCGCUCAACUCAAGUAGGAAAGAAAAUCAUCUUGGAAGGAAGGACAAUAGCAGGAAAAGAACAAGGGCAAUGGAGGAAGAAGAGGAGGAUGCCUACAAUGAUUCUGAGGAUGAUGAAGAAGAAGAGAAUGAGUAUAUUGAUGUUGAAGAUGACUCUGACAAUGAAGAUGGUGAAGAUGACAGUGCAAGUGAAGCUGAUGGAGAGGUGUCAGGCCAAGCUGAAAAAGAUGGAGCAAACC